UGCCCUCCAAACUCAGCGUUCACAGCGUCAGAUAUCUAGGUCAUGGCACAACUGAAAGUCCUGAUCUGCGGCGGAGGCAUUGCUGGGAAUGCCCUAGCCUUCUGGCUCUCAAAGCUGGGUCACGACAUUACGGUCAUCGAACGUUUCCCCAGCCUGCGUGCCACGGGGCUGCAGGUAGACCUGCGAGGACACGGUAUCGAGGUCAUGAGGCGCAUGGGUCUCGAGCCAGGAUUUCGCGCCAAAGCCAUCGAAGAGCAAGGCUUUGAGGCCGUCGAUAACUCUGGCAGACAGAAGGCCUACUUCCCGGCGAACAAGUCUGGUAAAGGGCUGCAGAGCUUCUCCACCGACUUCGAGAUCAUGAGGGGAGAUUUAUGUCGGCUCAUAUACGACACUGCCAAGGGCCGGGUGCGGUAUGUAUUUGGGACGUAUAUCGAGAGCUUUGAGGAGGAUGAGAGCUCCGUUCAAGUGCGGUUUUCGGAUGGCAAGAGUGAUCAAUUUGAUCUUUUGGUCGGCGCCGAUGGCCAAGGAUCACGAACGCGCAAGAUGGCAUUCGGACCCGACACCAUGGACACUUUUCAUUCCUUGGGAGUUUAUAUAGGAUACUUCACCAUUCCUCGGGAGAUAUCACCAGGAGAGGAAUUCACGUUCACGAGCUAUAUCGCUCCUGGAGGACGGCUCAUGUUCAUCCGAAGGCAUAAUCCCCACGAGAUCCAGAUAUACCUCGUCUGCACAACCGGCUCAGAGCGACUAAAUAAUGCGCAGAAGGGCAAUGUCAAGGAAGAAAAGGAGGCCAUGGCAGAGAUUUUCCAGGGCGCGGGAUGGCAGACAGAACGCAUUCUACAGUCGCUGGAGGACACGAACAACUUUUACUGUGAGCGCCUGGGCCUCGUCAAACUCGAAUCUUGGUCUCACGGCCGCGUGGUACUUCUUGGAGACGCUGCGUAUUGCCCGUCAGCGACCACCGGAAUGGGAACCACCUCCAGCCUUGUCGGUGCCUAUAUACUAGCUGGAGAGAUUUCCAAGCAUUGUGGACGCCCUGCUGAUGAAGGCCAUGGUACCAAGGACGGCCUUUCCACCGCGCUAAAGGCUUACGACCAGAAAUUCCGACCCUUUAUGGACCAAGUCCAGAAGGGGCUGGCAAAGGGUUCAACUGUUUGGGAUUGGAUCCCAUCGACACCGUUAGGUAUUGCGAUCCUCAACUUUCUCCUUGGAGUGGUCGCCUUCCUGAGGUUGAAUGUUUUUGGCAAGUGGAUCCUCCGUGAGGAUGUAGGAGAAUGGACUCUUCCAGACUAUGAAGAGAUGGUACAGGGUCAGAAAUAAAGGAGGCAGUGUACCUACAUGCACGGCAUGGCUGUUAGAUAGAAUCUCGACUCACCUUUAUUGUGGCUCGAGACUUGCCCAAAUUCGUUUUGAUAGAAAUUCAUUUUUCCUGCUUUUCGC